AUGGAUCGGUUGGUGAUACCUGAGCCGUCGAACGAGGUGAUGGUCCGGGUGGAGCCCGGGAGGCAGACGAGAGGGGAGCUGACGCUGAGGAACGCGAUGCACACCAUGCCGGUGGCGUUCAGGCUGCAGCCGGCGGUGCGUGGGCGCUUCGCGGUUCGCCCGCACACGGGGAUCCUGGCGCCGCUCGCGGCGGUCACCGUGGAGGUGCUGUACCUGGCCUCGGUGGCUCCGGAGGGGCCCAGCGAGUCAGGAGGAGGAGGAGGAGGAGGAGGGAGCCGUGGCGAGGACGCGUUCCUGCUGCACAGCGUGGUCGUGCCGGGCGCCGCGGUGAAGGAGCCCGUGACGGCGCUGGACUCGGUCAACCCGGAGUGGUUCUCGGCGAGGAGGAAGCAGGUGUUCGUGGACAGCGGCAUCAGGGCGAGCUUCGUGGGCGCGUCCGUGGCCGCGCGGCUUGUCGAGGCCGGCGCGGUCGAGGCGCUCAGGGAGGUGCUCGACCGCAGCGAGCCCGAGUGGCGUGCUGCGGACGCCACGGACGAGUCUGGCCGCACGCUGCUCGACCUUGCCGUCAGCCUGGGCCGUGCCGACAUCGUCCAGGUGCUGCUCGAGUACGGCGCCGACGCUGACAAACCGAGCCGCGGCCGGACGCCCCUCGAGACCGCCGCCGCCUCUGGCGAGUGCCUCAUCGCCGAGCUCCUCCUCGCCAACGGCGCGACGCCCGCCGGCUCCGACGCCAUCCACAUGGCCGCCGCCGCUGGCCACAACGACGUCCUGAAGCUGCUUCUUGGCAAGCCCGCCUCUGCCUCUCCAGCCUCAUCCUCGUCCGCGUCCUUUUCGUCUUCUUUUACAUCUAUCGACGCGGCGGGGAGGGACGGCAAGACUCCUCUACGGUUAGCGGCGGAGGCAGGGCGGCGAGACGCAGUGAAGGCGCUUCUCGCGGCGGGCGCGAGGGCCGACGCGAGGUGCGGCACGGACAGUGCCACCGCGCUCCACGCCGCGGCGAGGCGCGCGCGACGAGGCGGUCGCGCGUCUCCUCCUGUCGCACGGCGUGGCCGGCACGGCCACGGUGCGCGACGUGGCCGGGAAGACCGCAUUCGAGAUCGCCGCCGAGGAGGGCCACGGCGGCCGGAUCCUGGACUUCUUGGGCCUCGGCGAGGCGAUCCUGGCCGCCGCCCGCAAGGGCGAAGUGAGAUCGGUCAGGCGCGCGGCCGACGGCGGCGCGUCCGUCGAGGGCGGGACGCGCACGGGUGGACGCCGCUCAUGCGCGCUGCCUUCAAAGGGCGGGCCGACACGGUGCGCGACCUCAUCGACCGCGGCGCGGACAUCGACGCGGCCGACGCCGAGGGUUACACGGCGCUGCACUGCGCGGCCGAGGCGGGUCGCGCCGACGUGGUCGACCUCCUCUUGAAGAACGGCGCGAACGCCAGGGCCACGACCGUGAAGGGAAGAACCGCCGCCGAUGCCGCAGCCGCCGCCGGCAAGUCCAAGGUGGUUCGGCUUCUUGACAAGGCCAGCGUCAUGGGGAGGAAGCAGGAUGUUAGCGAGAAGGUGGCGCCGGCGGUGGCGAAGGGCGGUAGCAUGGACAGGAAACGGAGAGCGCGGAAGGGGAGCAGUGGCGCCAUACGGUUUGGUGGUGGGAAGGAGGGGUUCGAAGCCGCCGCGGUUACCGUUGGCUGGUCACACUAG